CACGGAGGUCUCCUCUCCAACCUCACACCUUCACUCUUCUCUUCUCUUGAGCGCUCAAUCGAUGGCUGCGGCUGGUAGCGGCAGUUUCCAGAACGGACGUAUUGCCUCGAAGCGUCUCAUGAUGCUCGUGGCCUUACUUCUCGUCUCCUGCUGUCCCAGCUAUGGCUUCGGCGAUGACGAUCAUGUCGAGGUGGAGGGAAUCAGCAGCAGUUGCAUGGAGAGCGAGAGGAGAGCUCUCCUCGCCAUCAAAUCCGAGAUGUACGACCCCGACAACUGGUUCUCUACUUGGACCAGCAAAGACUGCUGUGGGUGGAGAGGUGUGGCCUGCGACAACACCACCGGCCAUGUCACCAAGCUCGACCUGCGCUACCCCUACACAUACGAUUUGUGGGAUAUGUUUAACGAUGGGGAAACAAUAGGCGUCAGCAAGGUAAAUCCAUCUUUGCAAGAACUGAAGCAAUUGAAGUAUUUGGAUUUGAGCAUGAAUAACUUCUCGGGUGUUCCUGUGCCCAAAAUGAUCGCUUCACUAGUCCACUUGGAAUAUCUCAACCUAUCCUAUGCCAUGUUCGAUGGACCAAUUCCACCUCAGCUGGGGAACCUCUCCAACCUACACUAUCUCGACCUUCACCGAUGGUAUGAUGAUGAUUUUCUACAUGUUGAUGAUCUCGAUUGGCUCUCCCGUAUUCCUUCUCUGAAAUAUCUUGACAUGAGUUAUGUCAACCUCUCCGAGGCAACCAAUUGGUUCUACAUAAUUAAUUCAAUCCCCACACUUGAAGUGCUACAUUUGUUUAUGUAGACCUGCCAUAUGUUCCAUCUCCUUUGCCCCCUUUUAAUCUGACAACCAUCGCUACUUUGGAUUUGUCUUGGAAUUCCAACAUCACGUCUGCCAUGCUAAGAUGGCUUUCUAACGCCACCAGCCUCGAGAACCUUGUUCUUUCUGGCUGUGGGAGCUUGUCUUAUGAGUCGCUACAAGUUGCUCUAGGAGCUCUCAGUAAUCUGAAGGGAUUGGAUUUGUCAUACAACUUCCUUCAAGGAACAAUUCUUGGAAUUCUGAACAAUGUCAGCAGCAGGGGCCUGAAGCACUUGGAUUUGAGCUUCAAUCAAUUAUCUGGAGAUAUUUCUCCAAGGAGCCUUAGAGACCUGGAGUACCUAGACUUAUCAACGAAUUCUAUUGUCAACGUACAUAUCUUAGCUUCUCUGGGGAAUCUCACAAACUUGCGACAUUUAGACUUGGGGGGCAAUUCAAUCAGUGGCGAAAUUCCACCAAUCGUGGGAGAUUCUGUCCGAUUGGAGUUCCUAGAUUUGUCCGAUAAUGACAUCAUUGGAGAAAUACCACAGAGCAUCGGCAACCUCACCAACUUGAUAAUCUUAGAUUUAUCAUACAACAAUAUCGUCGGAAGCAUUCCAGAGACUUUUGGUGCUCUCAUCCGUAUGAAGCUAUUAUAUCUCGAUGACAAUCAAAUUUCUGGAGAAAUACCAGCAACCAUUGGGGGUCUCCAAAACCUGCUUGAGUUGAUUUUAAAAGGCAACUCAUUUACUGGACAAAUACCUGAUACGAUUGGCAGACUCCAUAGUUUGAAGUACUUGGACAUAUCAAAUAAUAAUUUAUCAGGUUUGCUACCAAAAACAAUGGGUGGUCUGUGCAACUUGACCAGGAUAGAUUUGUCUCAAAACAACAUUGGUGGGGAGCUAACCAAUCUAUUUGAUGGUUUAUCUGCCUGCACACAAUGGACAUCUUUACUAUCCUUAUAUAUGUCGCACAAUCAUUUAAGCGGUACUAUUCCUUCAAGUAUGGGUCGAGUAUCUCAAUUACUAAAUCUAUACCUCUCCUCAAACUCUCUAGUAGGUAACAUCACCGAAGCACAUUUUUCUAAUCUCACAAACUUAUAUAAAUUCAGAAUAGCUUUCAACUCCUUGAAUGUGAUGCUACCAAAUGAUUGGCGCCCCCCUUUUAGUGCUUUCACUAUCGAUAUGAGCUUUUGUCAUAUAGGAGCAAAAUUUCCUGAUUGGAUUCAGACUCAACAGCGAUUGCAAGGGCUUUAUCUAUCUGGAGUUGGGGUCUCAGGUAGCCUUCCUGUUUGGUUUUUAGACUUCUCAAAAGAUUUGCAAGAACUUAACUUGAGCUCUAAUCAUUUGAUGGGUUCAUUACCUUCUGCUCCUCGAUCCAUGUUAGAUCUCUCUAAUAACUCAUUUGUCGGACCUAUUCCAUUAGACUUUACGGAAGCUACAAACCUCAUUUUAUUAUCUUUGUCUCAUAAUCAUAUCAAUGAUAGUCUGUCUCCCUUCUUUUGCAAUAUGCAUUUACUUGAAAUCCUUCUCCUCUCCAAUAAUCACUUAAUCGGAGAAGUUCCAGACUGUCAUAACUCAUUCCCACCCCUUCUGAUAUCUUUACAUUUAAAUAACAACAACCUGUCCGGAACGAUUCCUUCGUUUUUGAAACAUUGUGGCCAAUUACUUACCCUUGACUUAGGUGAAAAUAAAUUAUUUGGUAAAAUUCCGACAUGGAUAGGAAGAAAACUCUCGUCAUUAAAGUUUCUUCGUCUGAGGUCAAACUUAUUAUACGGUACUAUCCCUGAGAACAUAGUGGAUCUCACUUCUCUCCAGGUAUUGGAUCUUUCUUCCAACAAUCUAACCGGUAGUCUACCAUCAUCUCUAGCAAAUUUCAGCGCCAUGGUUGAGAUACAUACACGGUCAUUUAAUGAAGGUAAUUAUUCUAAUAGCGAGAGCAUCGUAGUAACAACAAAAGGGUCAAUGGUUGAUUACACAACCAUUCUCUGGCUCGUGACAUCUAUAGAUCUAUCAAAUAAUCAUUUCUCUGGCGAAAUCCCUAAAGAGCUGCCCACACUUGUCGGACUGCGCUUCCUAAACUUAUCCAACAAUCAUUUGACGGGGAUGAUUCCAGAAAACAUCGGUGACAUGAAACUAUUGGAGUCGCUUGACUUAUCAGAGAACAGUCUCACCGGAGAGAUACCUUCAAGCUUUUCUGCUAUGUAUUUCCUGGCUCAUUUGAAUCUGUCUUACAACAACUUAUCCGGAAAAAUACCCACGAGUGGUCAAUUGUCGACCUUUGACUCAUGGACAUAUGUGGGUAACAAAGACCUUUGCGGUACGCCAUUGCCAGCUUGCCCUGUUUAUCAAACUCCACCCGAUGCCAGAGUUAAAGAUGAUGAGAAGCUCGACAAAUUAUUGGAGUACACCAGUAUUGUGGUUGGCUUCUGGCUGUUUAUUGGCACUCUCAUCAUGAAGCAGGCCAUCAGAUUCGCUUUCUUCCGACGGAUCGACAAAACCAGCGACUGGGUCUAUGUUCAGUUUGCAGUAAAGCUUGCGAAGCUCAAAUCCAAAUGGCAAACGAUGACAUGAACUGUGGGACUCGCAGAACUUUGUUUUAGGUGUUACCAGAAUGCUUUAUAUAAGUUCCCGAUUUGCUGCUAUUUUGGGGUUUCUAUAAUAAAAAGCAGAUUGCCACCAGUUCAGCUGAUGCAGGAGUCAAACUAGAAGAAGAUGAUGAUGAUGGAGAUAUGCUUGAAACAAUAAUAUUAGAUGUUACUAGCGUUGUCGUGGGAUUCAUAGUUGUUUCUGGGGUUUCUAUCGGCGUAGUGAUCGUGAAGCAAGGCUUAAGGAUUACUCUCUUCCAACAAAAUGACAACAUCUGUGGCUUGAUGGAGAUAUGUGCAGCCGAAAGCUGAAGUCCAAAUGACGAAGAAUCAAUUGAACUGUGGCUAAGUACUGUGUAUGCAGACUUCAUGUAUUUAUGUGUUCUAGUGUUUUAUUUCAUGAACGACCAUUUGGUGUUGUCCAGAAAUAAGGUUAUUGUUUAAAGAUAACAUCUGAGACAUGGCAUCAGGAUUGCUCUGUUCCAGUUGAUCGACAGGACUUGUGAUUGGAUCUAUGUGCAGGUGGCAGUAAAGCUCAAGGAACCAAAGUGCAAAUGGCGAAGAAUGACUUGAAGAAUCACUAAGCAUCUCAAGCUCAUGUCAUCCUCUUCAUGUUAUGAUGUAUUUAUGUUUCAUGUAAUCGUUGUAGUCUUUUUAGAGUCUUAAAUCUAUUGGCAACUUGCUGC